UAUUUGCUGUUCUCUUCUGUCUCUUCUGUCUGUUAUUCGUUUGUGCGCCAAUUCCCAGACAUUAUCUCUGCCAGGACUAGAUUCGUACGAGCAGAAAAGCACAAACAACCACAAUUUCGCAUCUUUUCUCACUACCUGAGAGCACUAGUAAUCUCAAACCACCAUCAGCUUUUGUAAGUGCUAAUAAUUGGCAAUUAAACCCUAAACCACCGCCAAUGGACUCUGUAGAAGAAUGCGGGAAACCAGGGCAUCGACGAUCGAGGCCUAGCUCGCUUGAUUUGAACGUCCAUGGCCAAAACAUGGCCGUUUCUUCACUUCAUCCCUUAUCUGCCGACGACGCUUAUACAAAGAACAGUCUCGCAAUCUCCACCUGUAGCAGAUCCAACUUGUUCCCUAGUCCUGGAACUCCGAACUAUGCCGGAGUUUCAUCUUACCAGAAAGGAUGGAGCUCAGAGAGGAUCGCAUUGUCGGCCGACCGUGGCCGGAGGUAUGGGGCCAAUGCUCUCAUGUUCCCUUUUAGUAAUGGAAGGACAAUGCCUUCCAAGUGGGAAGAUGCCGAGAAGUGGAUUUGCAGUCCAGUAUCGAGUGAUGGUUUAAGGAGGCCUCUGAUUCUCCCACGUUAUCAAAGAAGGCCCAAAUCAAAGAGCGGUCCUCUUGGAACUCCUGCAUUUACUGGUGGGGCUUGUCCAUCAGCCUUGGCAGAUGAUAGAGUUGACAGCAUCAAGGAACCAGCCACCAUGUUAUCUCACACGACUAUGAGAAGAGAUGUGGGCACACAGAUGAGUCCAGAGGGAAGCAUUCCUUCUUCCCCGAAGGAGGGGCCUUCUCUAUGUUUGUCUCCUUCGGCUUCUUGUACAACUACAGAUUUGGAGAGCCAUUUUUCAUGCUUAGAGAUCAGUAAUGUAAAAGUAGACAAUAGGGGAAGUGUGGCGAAGUGGUCAAAGAAACAUAUUUCAUGGUGUUCUGAUAAGAGUUCAACUGAUAUCAUUGAAUGGAAAAGGAAGACGGUGGAGUCUCCAGCUUCUGAUUAUGAAGUUGUAGUCACAGAAGGUCAUGUGUCAGAAUAUGACAGAGAAGAGGGUAAGCUCAUGCCUUGCGAAAACCCGCUGAAAGAAAAAGUUGACUCUGCAGUACCUGAAGCUGAAACUAAAUUUGAAAAGAGAGGCUGUUCUUCGACAUGCAAGAUUCUAAAAAGACUCAAGUCAGUGCAGAAGAAGGCGGAUGAUAUGCAGAUUUCAGUGGCGGAAAGACGAGCCCGCCUGGUCUCUAGGACUAGCCAAAGGUUUCCAUACUUUGGAAAAUAUGUGUUAAUGUCUUCUUUAUGCGCCUGCUUCACCAGCCAUGAUUUCUAACUGAAGGAAAUUUUCCUCACGCAGCAACUAGGCUCAACUUCGACCCGGGAAGAUUUAAAAGGCCAUUUGCAGGGCUUGGAGAGAAAUGGAAAGAGCAGCAGUGGAAAUGGGUACUUUUGCUUGCAAAUUCUGGCUAAAACAAAUUAUGAAUUAUGUUGCGACACUUCUGCUUCUGUACAACUUUGAUUUUGUCAUUUUUACAG